ACGACAAGCAUGACACCACUUCCUCAUGCACGACUAUCAACAACAUCCUUAUGCAGUCAUCACCAAAUACAACAGAAGUGCUCCAGAGAGUCUCACCCAUGCAUCUAAGUCACUGUUGCUGUCAGAAAGUUGGGUUGACUUCCUCUUCAAUUGUGGCGCAAAGCAACGACAAGCACGACACCACUUCCUCAUGCACGGCUAUCAACAACAUCCUUAUGCAGUCAUCACCAAAUACAACAGAAGCAGAAGGCACUCCAGAGAUUUUGGGCACCACCUCAACCCAUGUGUCUGAGUCACAGUUGCUGUCAGACAAUGACUUUAACUUCCUCAUCGACGAUGAGGUUGCCGAGCAGCUGGGGUUGAUUUUUUACGAAUCGGAGAUGGCCAACUUGUCCACCAACGGAAUUGUGACACAAAGCGAUGAUGAGCUUGACACUCCUCUCCUCGACAACAUCAGUAUGAAGACAACAUCACCAAAAACAACUACUACAGGCAAUAAGGAAAACUCGGCCAAUCAAAUUCAAGGAAAUUCACCAGCUUCCAGAAAAAGAAAGUUAUCUCGAAGAAACUGCUGCCCCUACUGCAAAAGACUCAUUACGAACUUCGGUUGACAUCUUGUAGCAGUUCAUCGUGAUGAAGAAUCCGUGCAAGAAUAUCUCAAUAUAAGAGGAGAGAAUUUGAAAGAUAGAGCUCAUAAACGAGCUGAAAUUUCUAACAAACUACGAAAAGAAGGUAAUUAUAUGUAUAGUACUUCUCACAAGCAGUCUAUCAUACCAACAAAGAGGUUGUCAGUAGAUGAGCCGCAAACCAUUUCAAACA